GGAAGGGCCAAGAUGCCACACACACACACACACACACACACACACACCAAGUAUUGGUGAGGGAAGCAGCAAUUAGUACCCUCUCGGAGUACUAAUCUGAUACUUCAGGCUUUGGGUGGAGCUGGGUCCCUCUCCUACCCCAGACUGAGUGAGUCAGGGCUGCAGUGACCCACGGUGGCAUCUCUGAAAUCUAACUACGCUCUGACUCUGUGACACCCCCUUUUCCACUCCAGACCAAUGGCAAAGCAUCCCAGGGUCCCCCUCCGUUUCUCCUUCCCGGACUUUGGUCAGCGAGCUCCUUGCUUUUGUACAAGACACGCACCUGCUUUGCCCUUACAGGGCAUUUAUGAACAGGGAGCUAGCUUGCAUGGAAAAGGAAAAAAAGUCCUCCGAAGACCAGAUCUUAGGAGACCCUGCUUGUUUGGCAUUCAAACUCCUGGAACAUUUUGCUUUUUUCCCACUGUUCCCCAGUGUCUUGGACCCUGCAGGGGGCGCUGGCGGAGGCCAGCUCAGGGGUUCUAGAAGGAAAAGGAGAAAACCAGAGGAUGGCUGACUUGAUGGAGGGGGUGUCUGUCUGCCAGGGGGGCUGGGACAGUGUGACCUCUCUCUACACUCCCCCAUUCUUCCCCAGUCCUGGGCCUCCCUGCUUGGGCCAGUUACUGGCUCCUGUUUACCUGCAACAAUGGCUGGUUGUGCCGGAGAAUUUGUUAAAUUACCGUCUGUCCCCAGCGUCUGUUAUCUCUGCCAGUGGCUCCCACUCCUGCUCACAGUAAUGAGCGAAUGAGGCCAGGCCUCGACUUUGCCUGCUCUGAAAGGAUCUUCUUGGCUCAGCCGGAGUGACCCAGGCUGAAAAAGGAGAGACAGUGGCCUAUUGUUUUUGGCGAUUAUCUGCCAUCGAGCUGCCUGCUCUCCUACCAUCCCCUGUCCUCAGAAUGCACCGAUGGCUUCUGCUGCUCUCAGGAAGCUGAGUGCUGGGGCUGGGGCUGGGGGCUGGAGGAGUCCGAGAUGAAUAAGGGAGGGAAGGAGGGGAGAAAGGAUGGUGAGAUUGACCCCAAGGUGGCCUUUCCUCGGAGAGCACAGCCUAAGAUGGUCACGAGAACCAAGAAGAUCUUCGUGGGCGGCCUGUCGGUGAACACCACGGUGGAGGAUGUGAAGCAGUAUUUUGAACAGUUUGGAAAGGUGGACGAUGCCAUGCUGAUGUUCGACAAGACCACCAACAGGCACAGAGGGUUCGGGUUUGUCACGUUCGAGAGUGAGGACAUCGUAGAGAAAGUCUGUGAAAUCCACUUCCAUGAAAUCAACAACAAAAUGGUGGAAUGCAAGAAAGCUCAGCCAAAGGAGGUGAUGUCCCCGACGGGGUCUGCCCGGGGCAGGUCUAGAGUCAUGCCCUACGGAAUGGACGCCUUCAUGCUGGGCAUUGGCAUGCUAGGCUACCCAGGUUUCCAAGCCACGACCUAUGCCAGCCGGAGUUACACAGGCCUUGCCCCUGGCUACACCUACCAGUUCCCUGAAUUCCGUGUAGAGCGGACCCCUCUCCCGAGCGCCCCAGUCCUCCCCGAGCUUACAGCUAUCCCUCUCACUGCUUAUGGUCCGAUGGCGGCGGCGGCGGCGGCAGCGGCUGUAGUUCGAGGGACAGGCUCUCACCCCUGGACGAUGGCUCCCCCUCCAGGUUCGACUCCCAGUCGCACAGGGGGCUUCCUGGGGACCACAAGCCCCGGCCCCAUGGCUGAGCUCUACGGGGCGGCCAACCAGGACUCGGGGGUCAGCAGUUACAUCAGCGCCGCCAGCCCCGCCCCCAGCACUGGUUUCGGCCACAGUCUUGGGGGUCCCUUGAUUGCCACAGCCUUCACCAAUGGGUACCACUGAAGCAGGGGAGAGGUGGCAGGAGCGCCCCGGCCUGCAGCUGACUGAGGACCAGAGUGAGCCAGCGAGGGGACAGGGACCCUCAGCCGCAGCAGCCCAGCCCCUCCGCUGCAACUCGGACCGCUACUGCCUGUCCCCCAACCCUGGGCCCAGUUCCCGCCCUGCUGUCCCCCACGUCUGGCUCCCCUACUAACUCCCCUGUUCUGACCUAGCCCCCUCUCCCCACCUGCCUCUCUUCCUGUUUGCUUUUAUUUAUUUUGGAUUAGCCGGUUCCCUCCCCCCCCAACCAGAUUCCCCCUCUUGGGACUGCCCCAUCCCUCCCUGCCGCCCCCUUUAGAACACCCCUAAGAAGGCUUUGUAUUUGUGCAUAGCUAGAGUGAGGGCAGAGGGAGCCUGCUACAGGCCGCAGCCCCAACCCUUUUUUUUUUUUUUUUUUAAUUCUGGCUUUUCCCUCUUUAGCUUUUUUUUUUUUUUUUUUUUUUAAGAAACUGUUUUUAAACUAUUUCUAGGUUUGUGAAUGUGAAGCCCCAGGCCACAGGGGUUAAGGGGCCAGGCGCCCCCCACCCCACCAGCUGAGUGUCUGUGUGGGUAUGGGCUCCUGGCCACCUCCCUUUAGCCCUGAAGAGGAGGGCAGGGCUGUGGGGUAGGCCAGGCCGAGCCCCUGGAACCAUCCCGUCCUGUAUCAUAUGUAAAUACUGUGAGGUGAAGCCCUACCCCCACCCCUCUCUAAGACCCUUUUGGGUGCUGGCAUUGCCUGAACCCCACAGGGCAAAGGUCCCCACCCCUCCCUGUCUCUGUCCCCUCCUCCUCAGACACCAUUACUGUAAGCUUGCAGACCUCAGCUCUGGCCACAGCAGGCCCACACUCUCAGGCCCCCUCUCCUCCCACCCCGGGUUCAAGGCCUUGAGCCUACUCUCCCCCAAAAAUCCCCAGUGUGGGGGCAAGGGGCCAGGGAAGAGGAGGGCUGGCCUAAGCCACUGCUGGGAAGGAUUUAGCUCUCCAAAGGUCCCUCCUGGCCCCUGCCUAGGUGGGACCUUCGCGGUUUCUGCUCUGAGCCCCUCCCGAACCGUGGGUGGGCAUCGGGGAGCGCUUCAGCAAAGGGCUUCUCAGGGAACCCCCACAUUCUCACUGAAGUUUCCCGCCAGGAUCGUCCCGCGACCAGAGCCCUUGGUAGCCUCCUACCCUUGAGCCCUUUCAGAGAAAAGAGAAGGGCUUCGGGCGUGAACAUGAAGUAGACCUUGCUGGCGUGGCGGGGCUGAGCGGACCUGCUGUCAUCCCCUCUCUGUCCUUCUGCACCCAAGCCCGACGCUGGGGGCGUAGGCUCCCUUUCCCAGCAGAGCCCGAGCCUCGAAGCCCCCUCUGGAGAGUUAACUGUCCGUUUCAGGCGCUCACUCAACCUAUAAGCCCUGAGAACUCAAAGCAAUAAUCUUUGUCACCGAGAUGCGCGGCUGUUUGCGUUUGUUGUGGGUUUUUUGUUUUUAAUAUUUCCUAAUAAAAGAGAAGCUGCAUUUUAUUGGUUUUUAUCUUUAAUUUUCUACACAUCCAAGCUUCAGAAGACUUAGCUUCCUUUUUUCCCCCCCCAAAUCCCUGGACUCUCUUACCCCACUGGGCCUGACGGUGGGUUCAGGGACCUGGAAUUCCAUUUUCUGAUUUGAGAAAAAAAAAAUUUUUUUUAAAGAUGUUACAUGGUGUUUUGAAGCCAGCAAGUUCCACCCUCUGUGUCUCUUCUCUCCACAUCUGUAACUUCUUUUUCCAGGUUUUAUUUUGUUUUAAAUUCCUAAUAAAUUAUUUGAAAACGGU